CCUUCUCUUCGCACCCACCAUUUCCCCUUUUCCCUUUUCUUUACAGAGAAUGAGACACAGCCACAAUCCAACUUGAGCUUCUUCAUAGAGAGGGCAAGAAAAAAAAACUAAAAGAGACAAAAUCCGGCGAAUCUCCGACGACUGUGACGGUGACGGGGAGGGUUGCGUCGUUUUGAGGUCUGUUAAUGGCGAGCGCGUGGGUGAAAUCGCUUCAGUGCAAAUCGAGAGCGUUUGAAGACGUUUAUCAUCCGAGCCCUAAAAAUUUGAUUCCGAGCGGCAGUUGCCGGAAGGGCGUUCAGAGUCUCAAAGACGUCGUCGAAACCACCGCCAAAUCGAAGAAGGCUAAACGGUCUCCGCCGCCGGUGUCGAGGAACCCGAGAGCGGUUAAAUCGGAACCCGGUUCGAGUCCUUGUACGCGGCCGAGAAUGAGCGUCUCGUCGCGGCCGAUGCGAGCGAACGAUUUUAUAUUUCCGGCGUUGUCGGAGUUGCCGGAGGGCCACCACUCGCGGAGCGUGGUGGAGAUUAUCUUCCACACGAGCUGGAGCCCCAAGGCGUUUGCGGGUCGGGUCGAGAUGAUUUUCAAAGUCCAAAACGGGUCGAAGACGGUGGCCCGGUUCGAGGAGUAUCGCGAGAUGGUGAAGGCGAGGGCGGCGACGGGCAGUCCAGCCGACGAGGAGAAUGCGCGGUGCGCCGCCGACGGGAACGAGGUGAUGCGGUUCCACUGCAUGGGUCCGACGUCUGACUGCGCGAAGUACGACGGAUGUGGCGGCGGCGGCGCGUGGACGUUCCCCGGGAUGAAAGGGUCGGCGAUUUGCACGUUCGCCGGGAGCGGGUCGGCCCACGAGAAGGCCGGCGGAGGGAGAGGGAGGAGAGCGAUGUUGGUUUGUCGGGUCAUCGCCGGCCGGGUCACGAAGCAUCUGAAAAUCGACUCGUUUCUGGAAGGCCGAGUUGGACUCGACUCAGUGAGUGGGGAGAAUGGCGAGUUGCUAGUGUUCGACUCGCGAGCGGUGCUCCCUUGUUUCCUCAUCAUCUACAAAUUGUAAAAAUUCCCAAAAAAAAAAAAUGGAAAUCAUUAUUAUAAUUUUUUUUUUUUGCAUUUUCUUAUUUUUCUUUCGGAUUUUUUGGGAUGAAAAUCUCUUUUCAUCUUUCAUCUUGCAUUUAUCAACACAAUUUUUCUCUUUUUAUUUUUGGGGAUUUCUCAUGUCUCAUUUUUGUCUGUGGACCGUUGUUGAUAUUAUUUGUGUGAUUAUGUAAAAAUUGUGUUGAUAAAUGCUAAUUAACCAAUGUUUACGGUUUCUUAUGUUUGAAA